AGUGUUGGGUCGUCAGUUGUCUCCUCCACGCAGAGCGGCCGCCUCUGAUUGGUCGCCUGUGAAACAUCUGUAUUCAGUUCCAGUGGUUCGUGUCUCCGGCCAGAAAGCUGCAGCUGACUGAGAGCUCGGCGGUCAGACAGCGCGGCUUCCAGCGUAACAGCCGGUAACAUGCAGCUGCCUCCCGGGCGCGUCGCGUCGCUGCGGGUCGGUCUGGAUGUUUGGAUCAGGCUGUUUCGGGCUCUCUGACGCUGACAGAAGAACUUCUGGGGCCCAAAAGGAAGACGAAUGAAUGAGUCAGGAUUACGCAGCAGCCCGGUCACAAUCAGUGUCUCUCUGAGUGGGGUUUUCUUCCCGGGAUCAAACCGUCGUCCCCGCUGCUGGGAGCCGGGUCCGCCGCUGAGGAUCCAGGUCUGCAGCCGGAGGUUUUUUUCUGAGCGACGCUGCAGACACAAAGGAGCGCUCCUCUCGGUUCUUCCUGCUUUUAAGGUGACAGCUUUCCCUCUGCGCUCCCACCAGCAGCCCAGACUGUCUGAGAGACCUGAUCUAUCGGACUAUUGAUAAGUUUCAAUCAGAUUUCCUGCCGUUGCGUCGGGAAGCUGCCGGGUUGGACCGAGGAAUGUUGUGAUUUAUUUAUUUUUAUUCUAAGGAGGAAGCAGAUCCAUCCGGAGCGUUUUAAUGCAAAGCCUGUGCAGGAUCAAGAUGCAGUUCCGGACGGUGCUGGACGUGAAAGUUGUGGACGUGGAGAAGAGGCGGAAUCCGUCCAAGCACUACGUGUAUGUCAUCAAUGUCACCUACUCUGACAACACGUCGCACAUCAUCUACCGAAGAUACAGCAAAUUCUUCGACCUGCAGAUGCAGCUACUUGACAAGUUCCCAAUCGAGGGAGGGCAAAAAGAUCCGAAGAAGAGGAUCAUCCCGUUUCUCCCAGGCAAAAUCCUGUUCCGGAGGAGUCAUGUGCGAGACGUGGCCAUGAAGCGGCUGCGUUUCAUCGAUGACUACUGCAGGGCUCUGGUGAGACUUCCUCCCCACAUCUCUCAGAGCGAGGAGGUACUGCACUUCUUCGAGACGAAAGCUGAGGACAUCAACCCCCCAGUAGAGGACUAUGGAUCCAAGCGCAAGUCGGUGUGGAUGUACGGCUUUACAGACAGCCCGAGGAAAGAGGCCUCAGGGAUUGACAGCUCAGAGCCCAUGGUGCUGGAGCAGUACGUGGCCGUGGCCAACUACGAGAGGCAGGAGAACUCUGAGAUCAACCUGAAGGCUGGCGAGACGGUGGAUGUGAUCGAGAAGAGUGAAAGUGGUUGGUGGUUCGUCAGCACGUCGGAGCAGCAGGGCUGGGUCCCAGCCACAUACCUGGACUCCCAGAAUGGAACCAGAGACGAUUCGGAUCUGGCCACCUCCAGGACCGGAGAAGUUACUAAGAGGAGAAAGGCUCACCUGAAGAGGCUGGACCGCCGCUGGACCCUCGGUGGUAUAGUUAACCGCCAGCAGAGCAGAGAGGAGAAAUAUUUGACGAUCCAGCCGUACACCAGCCAAGGCGCGGAUGAAGUGAGCUUUGAGAAAGGGGUCACUGUGGAGGUAAUCCAGAAGAACCUGGAGGGCUGGUGGUACAUCAGAUAUUUAGGAAAGGAGGGGUGGGCCCCGGCCUCCUACUUGAAGAAACUAAAAGAUGACUUCUCGCCUCGUAAGAAGACCCUAACGGGCCCCGUGGAGAUCAUCGGAAACAUCAUGGAGAUCAGCAACCUGCUGCAGAAGAAGUCGGUCAGUGAGAAGGACAUCCAGACAGACGGAGAGGGAAACAACACGCCGGAGCGCCACAUCACCAAGAGCGAGAUCAGCCUGCCCAUGCCCUAUAACUCAGAAAUCAACGCCGAGACGGGCAGGAGGCUGAGCGCCGGCCGGGACACCAACAGCCCCUGCCUGGGGAUAGCUGCCAGUUCUGCCCUGAGUGAGAAAGUCAGAGGGGAGCCCGGGUCUCCAGCUGUGGCACGAGUGGCUCCACACAGAGUGGAAAUUGGGUCUCCAAAUCUGAGACAGAAACCUCCCCCAAGAAGAGAAGCCAAUUUGGGUCUCCAGUUACCAAAGCCACCAGAGCCCCCUGCUGUGGAAGCAGAGUAUUACACCAUAGCGGAUUUCCAGUCCUCCAUCUCUGAUGGCAUCAGUUUCCGUGGAGGACAAAAGGCUGAUGUGAUAGAGAAGAACCCAGGAGGUUGGUGGUACGUGCAGAGGGAGAUGGAAGGCUGGGCCCCCUGCUCUUACAUCGACAAGCGCAAGAAGCCCAACCUCAGCAGACGGAGCAGCACUCUCACCCGCCCCAAAGUCCCUCCACCUGCUCCCCCGAUCAAAAAGCAAGACUCAGAGGAGGCCCCCACGCCUCUGAAUCCUUCCUCCAAAGCCACGGAGCAACCCAGCAGGCCAGUGUAUGAGGAACCGGAGUAUGAUAUUCCCGCAAUCGGAUGCGAGGGCGAAUCUGACAGUGAAUUUCUGAAGAACGAGCGCUCCCAAGAGGUGAAGACCAGCAAUGUUGUCUCUGAAAAGUACCACAACUCUCCUCCGUCAAGUAAAGCUUCACCUCCGGUCUGCAAAGCUUCCCCAGUUUUCGCUCAUCGAAGAACCUCGUUCAGAUCUGUGGAAGAGGUCAGUAGGGAGGAGUGUAUCUAUGAGAAUGAUGGCUUCAGACUGAGCAGUGGCCUUGAAGGAACCAGAGUCAAAGGGUCCAGUGAACCCAGCUCGCCAAGGAGCUACCAUUCUUCAACAGUCCCAAGGAAACCUUCUGGAUCUUCCCCUCUUGCUGGUCUAACCAGGAAAACAGUAACGCCAGAGAUGAGCAGAAGAAGUCAGACACUUGGCAGACAUGUAGACAUGAGGUCUCAGGACAUCAGCCCUCACUCUUCUUCAGACGAACUAGUCAGAGGUCCAAAGAAAAUUCCUGCCCUUAAGCGGGAUAUCGAACCAGGAAUCGGUCAGAGCCCUUCCACCAGACCCAAGCCGUCUGUCAGACCUAAACCCCUCCUGACCAAAUCAGAACCCCAGAGCCCUGAGAGAAUGGACAUCAGCUCUCUGAGACGGCAGCUGAGGCCUGCCAGUCAGUAUCGACAUACCCUCAAACCGACUCGCGGAGAUGACUCAGAGACAGCUUCUGUUAUCUCCUCAGAGGGUUCCAUGUGUUCACGCAGUACGUCCGAUCUGUCUUCUGUGUACUCUAAGGGGAGCCAAGGGGACUCAGAUGUGGAAGGCCCUACCUUGUACCGCUCUGUGGAUGUCUAUAAGAAGGUCCAGGACUCUGAAAUCAGCUUUCCGGCAGGAGUGGAAGUUGAGGUUUUAGAGAAGCAGGAGAGCGGAUGGUGGUACGUCCGCUGGGGCUCAGAGGAGGGCUGGGCUCCCUCUUAUUACCUUGAACCGGUCAAGAAGGUGGGUGAGCCCAGUGUUUUGGAGUCAAAUGUACAAAGAAAUAGUGGGAAAAAGUCUAACAGCCUGGAGAAGAACGAGAAGCAUGUUUUAGACCUGAAUAACAUCAACAUUCAGGGUCUGACCCAGCAGCACCAAGGAUUGAGAGGAAAUUCUCCUCCGAUUCCUUCCAAGCCUCCCGGAGGCUUCUCCAAGCCCUCCGGACUGGUUAACGGAGGCGUUCGGAUGAGAAAUGGUGUACGGCAGGUGGCGGUGAGGCCACAGUCUGUUUUUGUGACCACAUCACAGACCUCUAAGGAUUCCCACUACAUGACUGGUUCCUUACGGAGAAACGAGUCCCUCGGCAGGAGUGACCACUACAGCUCUGGUUCUGCCACUCUCGGAGUUCGCAGAAAUGCCUCCUUCAGUACUGUACGACCCCACGUUGUCGUCGAAAGCCAGACGAGGCCAGUUGAGCGCUCCGGUCUGGGAUGCUCAGGAACCGCCUUCAGCACCUCCAAUGUCCCUGAUGCCUUGAGCAGAGUGAGCCAGCGCAACGGGAUCCCGGUGUCCACAGUGCGUCCCAAGCCCAUCGAGAAGAGCCAGCUCAUCCACAAUAACCUCGGCAGGGAUGUGUACGUGUCCAUCGCAGACUACCGUGGCGACGAGGAGACAAUGGGCUUCACUGAAGGAACAUGUCUAGAGGUUCUGGAGAGAAACCCCAAUGGAUGGUGGUAUUGCCAGGUGCAGGACAGCCUGCUUCCCCGCAAGGGCUGGGUCCCGUCUAAUUACCUGGAGCGGAAAAAAUAAAACCCAGUCCCCCUAUAUGAUGUCUCCAUAGAGCUGAGGGCCAUGAGUCCCUAAGAAUGUUUUCCCCAACCUCCCUUAAGCAAUAUGUCCUUGAUAAUGUACACUUUUGAAAAGAUGGAGGAAAUAGGAAGGAACACAAUAAAUUUUUCAGAGAAUGGGAGAAAAAAACAGAACACCUCUGAAGCAGGAAGGCAGAGGAAAACAUUGACAUAUUAAGGGAGAGGUUUCGAUUCUGCAGAAGCCAAGCAGGAUACUGGCUUAGCUGAUUAUGAUGGCUAAUAAGUGCCUUUUGUGUUUGAUCACCUGAUGGCAGAACUUUGAAUCAACCAAAUCUUUCUUCAAGAGUGCCAUAGUCCUGCGAACACCACCAAGAGUUUUACUAUUACCGCUUCAGAGAUCCAAGCAUCCUGAUUCCAGUUCCUGAUCAAACAGAUUGAAGAAGACGACUAUGAAAUCUCUUUUUUGUAUUUAUCUGUUUCAUUGUCACGUUUUGAUGCAAGUCUUCCUCUCAGAAUUAUUUCUGCCGUCUUGGAACAUCUGUUUGAAGUUCAAACUAACUCUGAACAAACAAGUUGGCCUAAACUGACGCUUACAUUCCUCAAAGAUGUGAUGAUUUUCAAACGUGUGUUUAGUGACAUAUGUGGAAAAACUCAGAAGUUUAAUUUUUUAACGUAUGCCUUUUAGACCAAAAUUCCAGAUAAAAUGAUUAGCUUACCAAGAUUUCAGCUCCAGUAAAAACUGUUCCUGUUCCUAUAUGUGUUUUGUUUCAUGUAUUUAAUAUAAAGCUGCUGUCACUGCAACAUGUGAAAUAAAUCCCAGGGACACACUCAAAAUGUGAUCACACCAAAUAGAAACAGCUUUUCAUCGGCAAAAUGAACAUUUUCUACUUUACCUGUUAUUUAUGGUAAAAAAUGAACAGGCUUUUAAUUAAAAAUAUUUUGAACUUUUUCUCUUCCUGGAAGAACUUGACAUGUUUAGACAACAUUAAAGAACAAUGGAAUAAAAAAAAAUUAAAAAAAAUUAGUAAUGCUGUUCAAUAGAGUUUUGAUAACUAUUUUUUAUGUUUUGAAUAAUGUUUUAUUCAACAACCAUCCUGAUAUCCUGCAAAUAAAACUGCAAUUAUGGACAAAAGUAUCAAUAAUUCCCCAUGAUGCAUCACAUUCAGAGUUAUAGCUGAACUUUCAGAUUCAUAAUCAACAGAUGUUCAAGACAGCUGAAAUACAUUUUCUGACUCACUUCAGGCUUUAUGUGUUUAUUUUAUUUUAUUAUGUUUCUGCUGGACAGUAUCAUAAUCUCUAACAGAGUACAUAAACUGCUCAGAGUCUAUUUUAACGAAACCAUAAAGUUUUUUUCUUCGCUCUGUGAUUGCACAACGGCAAUAAUGAGGAACGAAGUGGUUCUGUUUUGGGAAAUUAGUGCACUUUAAAGCUUGUUUUGUAGUGCAUUAAUGUAAAGAUGCAGUAAAUACUCAGCAUGAUGCGAAAGUCAGCUGUUUUGGUACAAUUGGCGAAACAGAGACCUCGUGUGGAGGUUGAGAGGUACUACAAGAUUUUCUACCUCAGUGCAAGGAUAAAACUGCGCUGCUGGUCAGUGAGUAUCUCAGAAAUUUUACUUUAUUUUUCAAUCAUAGUGCAGCUAAAUUUACUGAAUUGAUUUGUUACUAUUUAAUUUGUAUCAAACAAUAAUUUAUUUUUGCAUUUCUUUAUGCUGUGGACUGCAACUUUAGCAAAGCACGAGCACUUCCUUCAUCUUUAUUGGUCUUUACAUAAUGCCUGACUUAAAAGCAUAUUUAUUAUGAGGUUUUUAUGAUUUAACAAUCAGCAUUUUCACCCGUUCUAAGGAUCUGUUCGUCAAAUAAUUACCUGGGUCUCUGCCUCAAUCAGAGUUCAAGUAUCUUGUAGAUUGUUCAUGAUGGAGAGGGAAGUGAGAGCUCCGCUCUGAGCUGGGAGGUGAAGACCUUGAUUUUGUUCUCCUUCCACUUUCCAUCCUUCAUAAGUUAUGAAUCAUAACUGAAAAGAACAAGACACAAGCAUUUCCUCCAGUAGAGGAUUUUCAGGGUUCGGCACAUUGUGUCCCAUUACAACCACAAACCUCAUGCAGGUUUUUGGUUCUUCAUGUUGUAGACCAACACAGUUUGGUGAAUAAAUGUAAAGUGGAAGGAAGUAGAGGGCAGGAACAUCAUGUGUAGAGGCUCUGAGUCCUUGACGCAGAAUUGUGUGGAGAUGGUCGGCUCCUCAUUGCUACAUCCCCCUCUGUGUCCAGUUUUUUCUUCCCCAGCUACUAAAGACAAAGAUCUUCUAAGGCCACAAUAUUAGAAAACCAAACAUUACUGCACUUAUAAUAAGUUUUAAAAUCAGUUGGGGUGGAAGGAGAGCAUCUUUGAUCAUUUUUCAUCUCUUAUCACAGAUUUGCUAAUGGAUUUCGGUCUGGACUUUAACUAGGCCAUUUUAACACAUGAACAUGCUUUGAUCUGAAUGAUUCCACUGUGGCUCUAACAUUAGGAUGGUUGUAUUGCUGGAAGGUGAACUUUACACCCCAGUGUGAAAUCUUACAACCAUCCAGCUGCAUGACAAUCGGGACGAUGUUCUUUAAUCUUCUGCCACACAAAGGUUGGCAGUUUUGUUUGCAGGUCAGGAAGUUGGACAUUGUCUGACUUUAUCCAAGCAACUUCUUUCAUUUUGUUCCAUUUCCAUUAAUGUUUGUGGCUGUAGUGCGACAGAAUGCGGAUGAAAUGUUGCUGUUACCUCUGUGACCCAAACCCAGAUGAAUUCAGCUUCAAGGAUAACAAGCGUUGAUGUUUCAUCUCUGCACCCAGAGUGAGGAUGCUGAUUGGUCCCUUGAUGACGACGGCAUUAUGUAAAUGUGUUGAAUCACUUCGGCUCAUGUUAUGACUGCAUACUGCUUCGUUUGAUUGCUCUGAACCUUUGUUCACGGGAAUCUUUCUGUACCAAAUCUAUAUUUGCCUGUGCAGCAUUUAACUAUGCUUUAAAUUACUUUUCUUUUUUCUCUCUGUUUUAUUUGUCAAAAGUUGAAAUGUACCCGUGAGGAUAUGUGCAAUAGUCAGAAACGGCGCCGCAGAUGUAAAAAAAAAAAAAAAGAAAAAGAAAGAGAAAAAGAAAAAAAAGUCUGCUGGGGAUGGACGUUCUGGAUCAAACCGAGGCCCUGAAACACAUCGGACCAAAGCGGGAGCAUCUCCACUGAAACCCGCUCCGGAGUCACAUCACAUCCAUCUGGCAGCGGAGAGCCACGGGCCCCAUCUUCAGGGGCCUCAGCGGCCUCAGCGGCCUCAGCGGCUCCGCUUUCAGCUGUCACGUUCGUGCCUGACUGGAGUUCUGAGAUUUUUGUGUGUUGUUGUUUUUCCUCGGGAACGCGUCCUUCCUCUCAACCCACAGGAGCGUCUCUGCUGACAUCCCCCCCUCCCUCGCUGUCAGACCCAGUCAGACCUCCUCGCCGCCGUUCGCCACGGUGAAGGUGACAUUUACCUUCACCGUGGUGAUGGCGCGCUCGCUGACGUCAGCCGGAGAGUCUCAGCAGUAAACAAGAGACCUGAGAGGCGAAUUCUCCUCCAGGCCAUUUCCUCUCCAUCCAUCAUCUUCCAGGAUGUUCACCAAACAGAAAAAUCUGUUGUUUUUCUGAGCGCAGGGCCCCCAGCUUGCCGCACUGACGUGCUACAGGUCAGCGCACACGGCUCUCCGUCUCGUUAGGCGCUAGAAAGCCUUCAGUUUGAAUACUUUAAGUCAAAUUUAAGGAAUAAAUCUUCUGCUGAGAGUUACAUGAAAAGCUUGAAACCAUUCUCAGAGCUCUGGAGCGAAUGUUGAAGAUGUCUAACCUUUCAUCAGCUUUAGAACUUUACAAAUUAAAAAAACUGGAAAAAACAAUUAAAUCAGGUAUAAUUUCUGUUUUUGUCUGUCUAAAUCUGGUAAAAGUUGCUGGGGAAAAAAUUGAUCAUUUUAGAUCAAUUCCUGCUAAUUUGCAGUGAAAAACUGCAGUUUCACUAAAAAAGCUCAAAAAUGUUGAAAUAAUGAACUCUUUCUGGGAUUAACCAUGUUUAUGUAGAAUAAGGCCACUGAAAAAGGUAAAUUCUUGCUUUUUUCUCAGCAGAUUAAAGUCAAAAUUGAUUUAGGAAUUACACCACACUCAGCUGAACAAUGUUUCAGCUGCAAUUUGUUGCUCAUGUUGUUAUUUGGAAGUCAAAAUUUCUGAUUUCCAUUUUGGAAGAAUCAACUUAAACCUCCCUGAAGACUUGAAUAUAGAAUUUGACACUUUGUCCUUUUCCUUUGAAAAGCGGAUUCACUCUCAGCUUAACUGGGUUUUAUUUGAAACGUGGAGAAACUGGAAUUUUUAUUGCUUAGUUUCUCUUCUCUUGGUUUGCUUCCCAGUAAACCAUCCAGUCUUUCCAGUGUCUGUUCUGGAAAAUGUUCCUUAGUGUCUGAAAAUGCAAGCUGCACAUAAAUGAAUGGUUUAUCAGAUUUUCUUUUUCCAGAAACUAGUUACAUAUUCCAGCAGAAUUACAGCUUCCAUCCGAAACACUGUUGAUGUGUCGGGAUUAUUCCCAGAUCCGACCAGAUCCUGGAUAUCCAGAGUACAAAAUGCACCAUUGUUUUCAGGAAGAUCCACGGAUAAUAAAAUGAGUCAGAUUGAAAUAUUGAUACAGGUCAACAUCAUGUUGCAUUGGUUUCUGAAUAUUUGGGAAAAUUUAAUGUUUGCUGUUUUUUUAGCAAAUUGUUACAUUUCCAUUUUAUUACUCUCUAAAACUUCAAAAUGCCAUUUUGUGCAGCUUGUUAUUCCCUCUUUGUCAUUCCUUUAGUCUGAAGUGGGAUUAAUGCAGGAUUGGGAAUAGUUUUAAGCUGCUUGUCUAACUCUCAGCUGGAACAGACUUUUUAUCCGAGCGUCUCUCAGCAGCAGCAACUUUUUAAAAAAAUGUACGCAGAAAAGUUUGUGGAUCUGAUGAGGAUCUGUUGGUUUCCAUCUCAAUCCAUUAUGAUUCAUUUAAAAACAGCUUGAUGAAAUGUCACGUUUCCUCUUCCUCUUGAAAUGUCCUGGUUGUCUCAGAACGUUGACAGCAUGCGUGUUUCAGAGCAGGUGUGUUCAGGUGAAGGAGGAUGCAGGGAGAUGGGAGGUGAAAGCAUGUUGGUCAGUAUUUGAAUCGGAUUUCAUUUCAGAUUCUGCAUCUUCCUGAAGUGUUUGAGGAAGAUUUGGGGAAACAAUAGGUGUGAGACGGUCUCUGUCUUCACUUUGCUCCUUUCUUGUUUUGUUCAGAGGAAAACUGAAGGUGUUGAAGUGGAGGUGGAAAGUUUCUUUGCAUGUAAUGAAGCCAAGUUUGUGUAAGGAGGGAGUGUUGGUGGCGAGAGGAGCAGGUUUGGUUGGAGAGGUUUAGGAAGUGAAGGUUAAGAACGAUUCUGCAGGUUUGUUAUUUACUUUCUGGGUUAUUUUAAGAGACUGAGAAGAAGGAGGAAGAGGAACAGGCUGUGUUGAGGAAUGAAGCUUUGCUGCUGUGGCUGUUUUCAUCUGACUCGUCGGUUUAAUUAGGACAGCGGUUCAUCUUCAGUAAAGUUGAGUGUGAGCGUAUCCCAGAUUCCCCGGUCAUUCAGAGAACAGAGUUCAUCUCCUCCCUGCUGUGGAACGCAGAGUGCCAAAAAAUCCCACCGGAAAGUUCCUGCAGAUCGGAAAUCCUGCUCUGUAAAUCCCGACACAGAACCAGUUUACCAGCCAUGCUAACAAACAACUGCAGGCCUUCAGUUGGACCAAAUGAGGUGCUACUCUUCCAUGUUUCCUCUGUUUUCUUUCUCUGCAUUGGGUUAAAGCCUCGCCGACUCCUUCUUUUCAGAAGACGUGCCAUGAGGACUGGAAGUCCGGAUGUUUCCCGAUCUGAGACCUUCCCUUUUGAAAACAGGGCCGUUUCUUAUCUCCAGCUUCAUUUGACGAGUCUCGAUGUCUUUCUCUUGUUUUGUAUCUUCUACAUGUUUACAUUGUAUCUGCCCAAAAGAUAAACGAUAUUAAAUGUAUUAUCUUUGCUGUU